AGAAGGUCUGCCUUUUCUCGUCUUUUUCACUCAGUUUUCACUGGGAGCGUUGGUGUGACUUGAGAUACCCAGUUUUUUUGAUAAGAAUCUCUGCGCAACGAAAUUGAUCUCUGUUUCAGUGAUUUAUUCAUAUGCCUUUUUAGGCGAACACUUUUUUCUUUUUCGUUUCUAACAGAUAGAGGCCAAAAUGCUUCAUCGCGCAGCGUCGCCAGCAGCGUCAGAGAAUGAAUUCGAUAUCACGAAUGCGCUUUUUCAGAAUGACAGUGAUUCCGAUAAUGAUACAUCUUUGAAGCAGGCAACGCGGCAACGGAAGGCGGCCCCAGCUCAAGAGCUUGAUUUUCUUGGAGAAGUUGACGACGACGAAGAUGACGAGGCGUUCAUCGCAGAGCAACAGGCUUCGGCCAACAGGAAGUCUUCCAACCUCAAGGGCCGUACUGUCAAGAAGGGUGGUGGUUUCCAGGCAAUGGGACUGAAUGCACACUUGUUGAAAGCCAUUACGCGGAAGGGUUUUUCGGUUCCGACUCCCAUUCAGCGCAAAACUAUCCCCGUGAUUAUGGACGAUCAGGAUGUAGUCGGUAUGGCGCGGACAGGUUCCGGAAAGACGGCUGCCUUUGUUAUUCCCAUGAUAGAGAAGUUGAAGAGCCACAGUACCAAAGUUGGAUCCAGGGCGCUGAUCUUGUCGCCGUCGAGAGAACUGGCUUUACAGACGUUGAAGGUUGUUAAGGAGCUGGGAAAGGGUACAGAUUUGAAGUCUGUUCUUCUUGUUGGUGGUGAUAGCUUGGAGGAACAGUUCAGCUUGAUGGCCGGUAAUCCCGAUAUUGUGAUUGCGACACCCGGACGUUUCCUGCACUUGAAGGUGGAGAUGAAUCUGGAUCUGUCUAGUAUCCGUUACGUGGUGUUUGACGAGGCCGAUCGACUCUUUGAGAUGGGUUUCGCUGCUCAGCUUACGGAGAUUUUGCACGGACUCCCUGCCAACCGCCAGACUCUUUUGUUCUCUGCGACGUUGCCCAAGUCGCUGGUGGAAUUCGCCCGUGCUGGUCUACAAGAGCCUACCCUUAUUCGUUUGGAUACCGAAGGUAAGAUCUCGCCGGAUCUUGAGAAUGCCUUCUUCUCUGUCAAAUCUGCGGACAAGGAAGGAGCCUUGCUUUACAUCCUUCAUGAGGUUAUCAGAAUGCCCACUGGCCCAACUGAGGCCUCGCUGCGUCGAAGAGAAGACGACUUUAAGAAUUUUAAGAAACGGAAGCGAUCGGAGAUGAAAGCUGUCAACACGCGGGAGUCUCCGACAAAAUAUUCGACCAUUGUUUUCGCCGCGACAAAACAUCACGUGGAUUACCUCUAUUCUCUACUCUGCCAGGCCGGAUUUGCAACUUCUUAUGCCUACGGUUCUUUGGAUCAGACUGCGCGAAAGAUUCAGGUCCAGAAUUUCAGAACUGGUAUCUCUAAUAUCCUUGUUGUCACAGAUGUUGCAGCAAGAGGUAUUGAUAUUCCUAUCCUUGCUAACGUCAUCAACUAUGACUUCCCAUCUCAGCCAAAGAUCUUCGUUCACCGUGUCGGUCGUACGGCUCGUGCUGGCCAAAAGGGUUGGAGUUACAGCUUAGUUCGGGAUGCAGAUGCCCCGUAUAUGCUUGAUCUGCAGCUCUUCCUCGGGAGAAGGCUCGUCAUUGGCCGUGAGUAUGGUGACAAAGUUAACUACGCCGAAGAUGUCGUCGUCGGCAGCUUGCCUAGGGAUGGCCUGUCCAACAACUGUGAAUGGGUUACAAAGGUUUUGGAUCAUGAUGCCGAUGUGUAUGCUCAACGCAUCGUUGCUAGCAAAGGAGAAAAGCUCUAUAUCCGAACUCGAAACUCGGCAUCCCUAGAGAGUGCUAAGCGGUCAAAACAAGUUGUCGCUUCUGACAACUGGACAGCCGUACAUCCUCUUUUCAAUGACCAAUCAAGUCAAAUGGAAGUAGAGCGUGAGAAGAUGCUUGCCCGCAUCGGAGGUUACCGGCCCCAGGAAACAAUCUUCGAAGUGCACAAUCGCCGUGGUGGCAAGGGUGAAGGUGACGAAGCUGUCGAUACCAUCAAGCGAAUCCGGACUACGGUUGAUCACAAAAAGAAGAAACGAGAGAUGGCCGAAAAACAGUCGGAAUUCUUGGAGGAUGCAUCUACCGGAAACACGGAAGGAGCCGACGAGGCUGAGGAGAAAGAUGACCAGUUUGAUGAAGAUGAUGCCGCUGAAGGAGUACCCGAUAACAUGUCACUGGCAUCUGAGUCCGAUCUCGAAGUCACUUUCUCAUCGUAUAACGGAGGAAAGUCAAAGAAAGAAAGCGCUGCAUCCUUCCAAAACCCCGAAUACUUCAUGUCAUACACUCCAUCCAACACAAACUUGGCUGAAGAUAGGGCCUAUGGUGUGCACACCGGAACUAAUUCCAAUUUUGCUCAAGCUUCACGUAGUGCUACUAUGGAUCUACUUGGUGAUGAGGGUAGCCGCGGGUUCGCCGAGCCCCGUACUAUGAUGCGCUGGGACAAGCGGCACAAGAAGUAUGUGUCACGGCAAAACGAUGAAGACGGGUCCAAGGGCACUCGACUUGUACGCGGUGAAUCUGGUGCCAAAAUUGCAUCCUCCUUCCGCAGUGGACGAUUCGACGCAUGGAAGAAGGGCAAGCGUAUGGGCCGUCUGCCACGUGUGGGCGAGGCAGAGACACCAGGUCUCGCCGCUGACCUCAAUAAUCACAUGUCAGGACGCCGCUUCAAGCACCGAAAGGAACAGGCCCCCAAGGCGGCUGACCGUCUACGUGGCGACUACGAGAAGAUGAAAAAGAAGGGUGAAGCGGCUAAGGAGCGCCAGCUGUCCAAAGCUGGAGGCGCGGCUGCACGUGGCAAGAGCGAGCUGAAAUCUACAGAUGAUAUCCGGCUGGCAAGGAAGCUGAAGCAAAAGAGAAGGGAGAAGAAUGCCCGGCCAUCAAAAAAGAGGUGAAUGUAAUGAAUUGGGAAAAGGCGUUGGCUCAAAAAAAAAAAAUCCUGUUGUACAUACCAUCGAAUGUUGCAGUCAGUACAUCUGCUCAGCCAUUGUGAUAUGAUCAAUCCUUCGUAGGGUUGUAAUGC